AUGAAGAAGUUCCACAUCUACAGAUGGUCACCAGACACGCCCGAGGAGAAGCCGCGCAUGCAAGAGUACAAUCUUGACCUCAACAAGUGUGGUCCCAUGGUCCUCGAUGCCAUCAUCAAGAUCAAGAACGACCUCGACCCAACCCUCACCUUCCGCAGGUCGUGUCGUGAAGGUAUUUGUGGCUCGUGUGCCAUGAACAUCGAUGGACAAAACACCUUGGCAUGUCUUUGCCGCAUCAACCCAGACAAGGAGACCAAGAUUUACCCGCUUCCUCACACGUACGUCGUCAAGGAUAUCGUUCCUGACUUGACACAGUUCUACAAGCAGUACAAGGCCAUCAAGCCAUACCUCCAGCGCAACGAAGGUGAUUUCCCAGCAGACGGCACUGAGAUUCGUCAGAGCAAGGAAGACCGUCGUAAGCUCGAUGGCUUGUACGAGUGUAUCCUCUGUGCAUGCUGCUCCACCUCUUGUCCGAGUUACUGGUGGAACUCCGAGGAGUACUUGGGUCCUGCCGUGCUGAUGCAGGCAUACAGGUGGUUGAUUGACUCGCGUGACCAGCGUGGUCAGGAGCGUCGUGAUAUGCUACAAAACAGCAUGUCCCUCUACCGCUGCCACACCAUCAUGAACUGUGCGCGAACCUGCCCCAAGGGUCUCAACCCGGGUCUCGGCAUAGCCAACAUCAAGAAGAUGCUCGUUGCAAAGAACUAG